AUGGGUGGGAGAAAAUUUACGUACCAUUCGGAUAAUGGCGUGCACAAAAGUAAACUGGACCGUUAUUUGGUGUGUAGGGAUUUCUUUGCUAAAUGGCCGGCAGCUUCGGUUGUAGCCUUAUCUAAUAUGGUUUCGGACCAUUGUCCUAUUCUCAUGACAGUAUUGGCUCAGGACUUUGGUCAAAUUCAAACGAGGAUUUUCAAUUCUUGGUUAGUUCUACCCGGUAUUAUGGACUUCAUAAAACAGUCAUUGGAGAGUUUUUCGUUUCAGGGGGCGGCUGAUUUGGGUCUGGCAGUUAAAGUUAAACUGAAGUGGAUAAAAUUUAAAUUAAAGGAGCGGGUGAACGUAAUAAAGGCGGAGAAGGAGCUGGUCUACAAAGAAAAGUUAGCGUUAUUAGAAAAUUUGGAAAUUCAGGCUGAAGAGCGUUUGUUAACAUCAGACGAAUUGGUAAACAGAGCUGAAUGCAAAAAGGUGAUAAUGGAGGUUGAUCGGGUGAAAGCUAUGGAUUUGAAGCAGCGGUCCAGGUUAAAGUGGGCCAUUGAAGGGGAUGAGAAUUCGUCCUUCUUCCAUAAUAUUGUGAAUGCAAAUCAGAAUUCUAAUCGAAUCAAUGGGCUGUUGAUUAACGGGGUUUGGGAAACGAAUCCGGUACUGAUAAAAGAUGAAAUCUGCUCUUUUUUUGCCCAGAAGUUCCAAGAGCCUAUGGCUGUUCGGCCUAGGCUGUCAUGUCCGUAUCUACCUCAAAUAUCGGCAGCUGAUGGUGACUUGUUAGCGGCCCCUUUCACGUUAGCGGAAAUUAAAUAA